AUGGCUGAGUCGCAUCCCGAUAUCCAGAGCAUACUCGCAGCAUUAGCCGCCCAGCGCCCGCCUCCUGGUGCUUCAUCGCAAACACCGCCUGGUCCACCAGGACAGUCGUAUCCUCCUCCAUCCUCAUCCGCUCAGCCUCCUCACUAUCAAGCUCCCCCCCCAACAGCUGCCCCUGCCUAUGGUGCAUCUGGUCAUGGACUCCCAGCCCCAGCAUCUAGUGGCAACGUUGAUCUUAGUGCCAUCCGUCCAGUUACCUCGGGCACUAUGAACUUUGAUGCCAUCGUCUCCAAGGCACGAGCAUACGCUGCCGACAAUGGCGCCACGUCUUAUGAUCGACCACUCGUCUACGGCACGGAUUCUCGUACCAACGACCGUAACUAUCGACGUUCGCGGUCCCGAUCCCCUCGUGGCGAGUACAGAGAGGACCGUCGGGGUGGAGCUGGCCGUGAUUAUGGGCGAGAUCGCUCCUAUUCGCCCCCCUCGAGAAGUCGCUUCUCGCCUCGCGGAGGUGGAGGUGGGGGUGGGGGACGAGACAGGUCGCCACUGCGCGGAGGAGAUGACAAUUCGGAGACAAUUCAAAUUGAAUCUAGCCUUGUCGGCUUGAUCAUUGGCCGCCAGGGUGAAAACUUGCGUCGCAUUGAGGCAGAUACCAAUUGCCGUGUGCAGUUCCUUGCUGCAACUGAUGGCGGCCCUUUCCGUCAGUGCAGAAUCUCGGGUCCGCGACCGCGUCGUGCUGAAGUCAAGGAUGCCAUCAACCGAAUCAUCGAGGACAGUGGCAUGGGUGCCUUGAACCGACCCGCCCAGGAUAAGAAUCGUGAUCCCAACAAGGGCGGCGCUACCGCACUGCGAGAUGGUGAGGACCACAUGCAAAUUAUGGUCCCUGAUCGGACCGUAGGUUUAAUCAUUGGUCGUGGAGGCGAGACCAUUCGCGAUCUUCAAGAAAGGUCUGGCUGCCACAUCAACAUUGUGGGAGAGUCAAAGAGCGUCAAUGGAUUGCGCCCGGUGAAUCUCAUCGGCACAGUGGAGGCUGCAGCUCGUGCCAAAGACUUCAUCUUGGAAAUCGUCGACAGCGACACCAGAGGUGAUGGUCCAGCCGCGAAGAAGGCCAGUGCUGCAGUUGUCCCUCGCUCCGAGCCCCCGCCUAGGGAUGCUACUGGUAGUGCUGGGCCGGACAAGAUCAACGAUUCUGUCUAUGUUCCCUCUGAUGCUGUUGGCAUGAUUAUAGGAAAAGGGGGUGAGACUAUCCGUGACAUGCAAAAUACAACUGGUUGCAAGAUCAACGUCGCCCAGUCCUCUGGUCCGGGUGAGACUCAGAGAGAAAUUGCCCUUAUUGGCACUCGAGAUAGCAUCGCCCGUGCCAAACUGGCCAUUGAUGAGAAGGUUGAUGCUGUGAGACAGAAGAGUGGAAGCGGUGGUCCCCCACGUGGCCGUGGCCACCAAGAUCUCGACCGGCCUUCAUAUUCACAAGGCCCUGAUACAUCUUCUACUAACCCGCCACCAGCUUCUUCCCAAGACGCGUCGGACCCGUACGCCCAAUAUGGUGGAUACCAGAAUUAUGUUGCCCUGUGGUACCAGUCCCUGAUGUACCAACAGCAACAGCAGAAUGGCGACGGGUCCCCAGCCGGUGCCCCUGCUCCUGGCUCUUAA